AUGGCUUCCGUAGCAGAAGCAACGUAUAGAAAGCGCCUCGAGAAGAAAGAAGAAGCGGUGAAAUCGGAGUGCAAACUCAGUGGAGAUCCUCCGCCAUCUCCUCCACUUUUACAACGUGUAUUAGAUGCUCUGCGACCAUUCCUUAUUAUAGCAAUGAUGAUUAUCAAGGGAUUUCCAGCAGCUAUCUUCUUCCAAAUGACCCAUCCAUCUAUCCACCUCUUUAAUCCAUUCAGAUGGAUCAGAUUGGUACAGGAAUGUGGUUUCGCCAAGAUCUUAGCAUUCGGGGAUGUGAUAUGGCGUGGAUACAAGCAGCCACUGGUAGAGCAAGCGAGUGGUAAAGUUCUUGAAAUAGGCGCUGGUACCGGCGAGAAUUUGAAAUAUUACAAGAAUGAUAACAUUGAGACACUCUACGCACUCGAACCUGAGCAAGCAUUGAGUAAAAUUCUAGCUGAAAAUAUCGUCAAGAACGGUUUCGCUGAUAAGUCACUCCUCAUUCCCGUUGGAAUCGACGACAGGAACAAGUUGAGCACUUACGGUGUUGCUGAGAAUACCUUCGAUACCAUCGUCUUAGUGCAGGUCUGCUGCUCACUUCCAAACGCAUCGGCUCAUUUCAAAUACCUCCAAUCUUUACUCAAACCUGGUGGUAAAUUGAUCAUGUUCGAGCACGUCGCAUCUGCAGACCCUAUUACGCGUCUUCUUCAAGACCUGUACACCUUUGCUUUCUGGAAAAGAGCAGCUCUUGGUUGUGAGCUCAAUCGCCCAUCUGGAUUGUGGAUGAAAGAAAUCGGAGGCUGGGAUAAAGUCAGUCUGCUCAGACCAGAAAUUGAAACGUCUGGAAGUAUCCUUCCACACGACAUAGGCGUAUUCGUUAAGGCAUCUUAUGCAAGCAUGGCACACAACUAA